AUGGGUAACAUCUGCGGCAAGCAAGAGGCCGAUCCCUUCGCCCAGCCCGGACGACCGCUCGGCGCAGCCCCGACGCCAGCAAAGUCCGCGCCCGUGCCCAGCACCGCCGGCAAGAGGACAGUCGGCGGGCCCCCGCGCACGCUCGGCGGCGGCGGAGGAGGCAGCAGCAGCGGUGAGGGCAACGCGAACCCGAGCGAUGCGCGGAGGAAAGCCGCCGAGGCGGCCGAGGCAAGGGCAAAGGCCGCCGAGGGCAGGCCGGUAGGGAAGCUGGGCAACCAGCUGCAGUCACAGAAGAAGCAGUCCAGAGCAGACACGCUGAAGCAGGCCAGCGAGGCUGAGGUCAGGCGGCGUGAGAUCGAAGCGGCGGAGGGCUCGCUCAGUCACAAUUAG